AUGGUCAAGGACUUCUCUGAUGGCCAUCACAUUGGGUUGAGCUCCAGAUCGACAGCACUGAACGAGAUUGAAUACCAAGAGCUGAUUGACCGUAUCGAGGCUGAGGCGGAACUUGAUGAGCAUAUUUGGAGAAGAAUCCGGUUCAGCUACUCGCCAGCGGAGAAACGGCUCACCAUCCACAUGGUCAACCGCCUCCACGACACCUGUGGGGCGAUAUUGAGCACUGAGAUUCAUAAUCUGGUGAAGGGCCUCGCACAGAAGACAUCUGAUAGUGUCAUCUCGAGGAUCAUCGAGGGAAUAGACCCAGUAGGAUCCUCGGAGAUCAUUCCAAGCGCUGGACCGUACAAAUAUACAACCAAAUUGAGGCCAGAUGCGUCAUUCUAA